AUGGAGUUCUGGGGUGUUGAAGUUAAGGCUGGUGAGCCUCUUAAAGUGGAACCCAAAGACUUCUACAUGAUACAUCUUUCUCAGGCUGCUCUCGGUGAGUCAAAGAAAGGAAAGGAUUCAGUUCCCCUUUUUGUAAAAUUCGAUGAUAAGAAGCUUGUGUUGGGGACCCUAUCUCCUGAAAAUAUCCCUCAGUUGUCUUUUGAUUUAGUUUUUGAGAAAGAGUUUGAGCUCUCUCACAACUGGAAAAAUGGGAGUGUUUUCUUCUGUGGUUACCAAGCUGCUGUUCCCUUGGAUGAUGAUUCUGAUUUUUCUGGUGAUGAAGAGGAUUUUGAACUUGGGAAAGAUGAUAUUCUGAAGGCUGCUACAGCUAAGGAUAAAGCUGCCAAGCCUGAAAAACCAAAGGUUACUCUUGUAGAGCCAACCAAAGAAGGCGAAUCUGAUGAUGAUGAUUCUGACGAGGAUGAUGAUUCUGACGAGGAUGAUUCUGAUGAGGAUGGUGAUUCUGAAGAGGGUAUGUCUAUUGAUGAAGAUUUGGAUGACGAGUCUGAUAGUGAAGAUGAAGAGACUCCCAAGAAGGCUGAGCAAAGCAAGAAGAGGCCCAAUGAGUCUGCAACAAAGACACCAGUGUCCUCAAAGAAGUCUAAAACAGCUACUCCUCAGAAGACAGAUGUUAAGAAGCCUGUGCAAGUAACUCCGCACCCCACAAAGGGAAAAGCUGCAGCAAAUGGCAACAGUUCCAAGUCUCCCAAAUCUGGUGGCAGUUUCUCUUGCAAAUCAUGUGACAAGUCAUUUGGCACUGAUGGUGCUCUGAAGUCUCACUCACAAGCCAAGCAUGGUAGCAAGUGA